CCGGAUCUUCUUCACAAAGUCGAUGGGAGGACGAACCGGAAUACCAACGGCGAGAUGGCGAAAGAAUGUCCGACGAGCAACUACAACAACUAUUGGCUCAAAAUCCUCAAUUUUUCCAUCAACGAGACAUCCCGGACGAUAUUCACACCAUUGACGAAGAAGAGCUCGAGGAUGACGAUCCGGAGGAGGACGCGGGGGGCGCCGGGAGUCACGGCACCCCGGAUGAGGAGCAAGAGGCGGAGGACGAGGGUGGUUCAUCCCAAAUAGGUGUACAGUUUGGGAACUUCGGGCGGAUACGGGAGCCUCAAAAGGCAUCUUAUGGGCAAGCACAAGGUGGAGUACGCAAAAAUUGAGAAAGGCAAGGGGAAGCAAACACAAAUAUCGAGGUUUGCAAAUAACCAACCUUAUGGUAAUUUCUCAUACAAUGAUCAACAAAAUUUGAUUGGUAUGGCUAACUUUAUGGUUGAAGAAAAUUUACCUUAUUUUUUUUCUGAAAGUGUUUCUUUUAAAGAGUAUGCACAAACUUGUUUAAAUCCUCAAUUUCGAAGUUAUAGUCGAAAAACGGUUAAAAAAAAUUAUAAGGCUUUAUAAGGCGGAAAAGUUGAACUUACAAAUUUUUUUGCAAACUAUGAUGGGCGUGUUACUGUUUGUUCUAACAUAUGGGAGGACACCUAUCAUAAUUUACAUUAUUUGGGUUUGACUGCACAUUAUGUUGAUGAUGAUUGGAAUUUGCAUAAACGUGUUCUUGCUUUUCGUGAAUUUAAUGAUCGCCACACCGCCGAACAUAUUUAUAUUUUGAUUGAGCGUAUUUUAAUUGAGUAUAAUUUGGUUAAUAAGGUGUUUGCUAUAGGUUAUGAUAAUGCUACUAAUAAUACUGCUGCUAUACCUAGAUUGCGUGAAUUGUGUGGUUCUACUACUUUGAUGGGUAGAUUUUUUCAUCAACGAUGUGCAUGCCAUAUAAUAAAUUUAUGUGUGCAGGAUGGUCUAAAAGCGUUGAGAGAUGCUAUGAAGGUAGCGAAGGGGGGAUUAGACGUAUUUGGGCUAAUGGUCAACUUAGAUUAAAAUGGAAAAAUUAUUUGAAUGAAAGAAAUGUGAAAUAUGUUGCUUUUACUAAAGAUUUGUCUAUUCGGUGGAAUAGUUCUUAUAAAUUAAUUAGAGUUCUUAUUAGAUAUAAAGAACAUUUUCCUGCUUUUUUAAAAGAAUAUGAUAACUACAUUUUAAACUCCGCUCACAUCGACACUUGCGAAAAAAUUUGUAAUGUUUUGAUAUAUCUUAAUAAUGCAACUGAAAGUUUUAGUCAUGUUUAUAAACCUACUUCAAACGAAUUUAUUCGUGAACUUGUUAAUCUCGCCGGUGCUUUUAAUGAAUUUCAAAAUGCCGAUUAUGUGAGCUAUUUUUGUAGUUUUAUGAAGGAAAAGUUUUUAAAAUAUUAUGCACAUAUUCCGCAUAUUUAUGGUAUUGCAUUUAUUCUCGAUCCUCGUUAUCGACUUGGUAAUUUGGAACAAUGUUACAAGUUCUAUUAUGAAUCUUUUUAUGGUGAUUUUCCAAUGUAUGAAGAUAACCCUAUAGAUCCG